AUGCGAACUCGAAUGUGCCCUGACGAUGUAGCCUGGGAACAAGCGGAGGACAUAGCUGACUGCAUUGGGACCGAGUUUGCUAUACUCAAGAAAGGUUCUUACAACAUAUCCUUGCGAUUGAAGGAUAAAAAUGCAGCCACGAUUAUCUGCUUGUCGCAGCCCGGUGCUUUUUUCUUCCCGGAGGAGAAAGUCGUGAAUGAGGUUGCUAUAAUGCGGUUUCUUACGGAUAAGACAUCAAUACCUAUUCCUUUUGUUCACUAUUCGGGGACAAAGAAUGAGAGCCCCCUCGGACUGAGUCCAUUUAUUAUAAUGGAUUAUAUUGAACAUGAAACCAAAAUGUACGACGCUCAGAACACUCCGGGAUGUCCUAUAGAUGAACGCGGAAUUCUUGAUCCGGCUAUCAAUAAAGAUCGGCUUGAGAUGCUCUAUGGGCAGCUAGCAGGAAUCCUACUGCAGCUUUUCACGCCCUCCUUGCUUCGGAUAGGAUCUCUUAGCCAGAUCGAUGACUUCACCUAUGAAGUGACACGCCGGCCCUUUCUUCCCGAUCUACAUACUACAUUUACAACAGCUUCGUCAUAUUUCGAAGCUCUCGCGGACCUUAAUAUUAAGCAUCUCAUACACCAACGAAACGAUUCCGUAGAGUCCGCAGAUGACUGUCGGCGAAAAUUUGUGGCAAGGCGGCUUUUUCGUAAGCUUGCCAAAGAUAAGAAGCUCACCAAUCCUUUACUCGAUGAAGGGCCGUUCAAAGUAUGGUGUGAUAAUUUACGCCCCGCCAACGUGCUACUACAUGAGAAUUUGAAAAUUGCCGGCGUGGUGGAUUGGGAGUUCACAUACGCUGCACCCGCUGAGUUUUCUUAUCCUGAGUAUUGGCCGGAGGGCCUUGAUGACUGGACCAGAGUGUUUGGUUACCGCCUGAAGACCUUCCUGAAGGUGAUGAAGGGGCAUGAAGACAGCGCGAUUCAAAUGGGCCGGUUGAAAGAGGACCAGCGGCUCUCCGUUCCCAUGUAUCAGAGCUGGGAAAGUGGGAUUUUCUGGGUCAUUUAUGCAGCAUUGCAUAGUUUUGCCUUUGAUGUCAUCUACUGGCAGAAGAUCGACCCACGCUUUUUCGGCCCUUCUGAGAAACCCGAGGAAGCCUGGAAAGAGAGACUCGACUUGCUGGAUGAAAAGGAAAAAUAUGAUAUGGAACAGCUGGUGGCGCGAAAGCUGGAGGAGAUGAAGACCAGAAUUCUGGCGUGGGAUCCGGAUGAGUAA